UGCCCGCAUCCAAACACCAUAUGUGGGGAUUUGCUCAAUUGGUGGCUGCAGUGCUUGCAUAACACGAGGUGAACAGCAAGUGGAGUUUGUAAACAGGACUGGGCCUGCUCGUUUAUUUGGCUAAAUAACACAGUCCAAGUGAAGGAAUGAAAACAGCUUACUUCAGCAUGGCAUAAAUUCAAUGCCUCCUCCCAAGCGUCAGUACCUCUCCCAAAUAGUCCGGCUGGCUUGCUUUAUAGGGAGCCUGAUCUCUCCUCUCAGUGCUUCCCCCUCCUCACUGUUCUGAAUUGUAAAACUUUUACUACUCAGUCAGCUGAACAUGAUCCUGGCACAAAAUCUGUAAUGGACACAGGAAUGGAAGCUUCAUCCCAUGCAAUGCUCUACAAAGCCUCCGGACUCCAGGACCCAGACCAGGAAUUCAAAAUAACUCGGAGAAAGACCAUAAGCUGGUUUUCUCCCUAUUCCUAUUCCCUGGAGUCCCUCACUAUGUAUAGAAUGCCACCCAACAUAUUUGCAAGGCAAAGUUCGGAGAUUGACUGGUGUGAAGGCAAUUACCUGCACUCUGAGUAUGUGGCAGAGUAUUACAACACGGUCAGUAAUGUUGUCUUUCUUUUGGUUGGCCCCCUGAUGAUGUAUCUGCUGCACCCAUAUGCAUGCACACGCUCACUGGCAGUUCAUCUUGUAUGGCUUAUGUUCAUUGCUGUGGGCAUUUUUUCUAUGUACUAUCACAUGACUUUAAGUUACAUGGGGCAGUUGCUGGAUGAACUGUCCAUUCUCUGGGUUAUUGCGGUGGGCUAUUCUAUCUGGUUUCCGAGACCCUGCUUCCCAUACUUCAUAAAGAACAGGAAUCAUUUUGGAACAGUUAUUUUCACUCUGGCUGCAAUCAGUACAAUGCUAUCUUUUGUGAAGCCAGCAGUUAAUGCCUACGCUUUAAACUGCAUAACCUUCCACAUACUGUAUAUAAUAGUAAAGGAGAUGAGGAAGUGUUCCAAUCACAGAAUUCUCAAUUUGGCCCUUGUUUCCUUUUGCCUGUGGGUAGUGGCAAUUUCCUGCUGGCUGAGUGACCGACUCUUCUGUAGCUUCUGGAGAAGGAUAAAUUUCUGUUAUCUACACAGUAUCUGGCAUGUCUUUAUUUGCAUUACAGUUGUGUAUAGCAACACUCUCUUCGCCUAUUUCGAUGCCAUGUAUGAGAUUCCCGAGAGUCAACCACAAGUUGACUACUGGCCUUUGAAAUCCCUUCGUAUUGGUUUGCCAUAUCUGUCAAUCACAAAGCAUGACAUUCAGAGAAAAAUAUGCUGAUCUGCUGUUGAUGGUUCAAGAUACUGAAUCUCUUGGUUUUAACUUUGAAUGAUUAUUUGGUCAUCUGUUUUUAUAAAAAGAUAAUAUUUUAUUUAC